UUUGCACCAGUAGGGAGGCGGGGAAGGACGGGACUUUUUGGGCGGCGGGCCGGUUGGUAGCAAAGCAGCGGACCGUCAUGGACAGGACGGCCGUGGUUAAGGUCGGCGCCGCGGCCAGCGCGAGCGUCUGUGCCCUGGUCGGCGGUGUGGCACUAGCACAGUACAUUGUUGCAAAGAAAAAACGAGCGGGCAAGAAAACUAAGAUCAUAGAGAUGAUGCCUCAGUUUGAGAAAGCGACAGUCCACAUGAGGGACCCAGAGAGGGUGGAACAGAUAAUCUGUGGGCUCAUCAAAGGAGGAGCAACCAAACUGCAGAUCAUCACAGACUUUGACAUGACGUUAAGCAAAUUUGCUGUGAAUGGCAAACGUUGCCCGACGUGUCACAAUAUCAUCGAUAACUGCAAGCUGGUAACAGAUGAGUGUAGGCAGAAGCUGUUUCAGCUAAAAAAUAAAUAUUAUCCCAUUGAGAUUGACCCUUACCUCACAAUGGAAGAGAAAUAUCCCUUUAUGGUAGAGUGGUAUUUCAAGUCCCACUCGCUACUCGUGGAGCAGCGGUUAGAGAAAGAUAAACUGCCUGAGGUGGUGAGAGAGUCUGAUGUUGCACUCAGAGAGGGCUUUGAGCAGUUCUUUGACCGCCUGCAUCAGCACAAUGUGCCUGUCUUCAUUUUCUCCGCUGGCCUGGGAGAUGUCCUAGAGGAAAUCAUGCGUCAGUCCGGAGUCUACCACCCUAACGUCAAAGUCGUCUCUAACUUCAUGGACUUUGAUGAAAAUGGCGUCCUGAAGGGUUUCAAAGGCGAGCUGAUCCAUGUGUACAACAAACAUGAUGGCGCCCUGCGGAACACAGAUUACUUCAAGCAGCUGAAAGAGUACUGCAACAUCAUCCUGCUGGGUGACUCAAUGGGAGACCUGAGCAUGGCCGACGGUGUCCCCAAUGUAGACAACAUCCUCAAGAUCGGAUUCCUCAAUGAUAAGGUGGAAGAAAGACUGGACAAAUAUCUGGACUCUUAUGACAUCGUCCUUGUGAAGGAUGAGACUCUGGAAGUGCCCAAUGCCAUUCUCCAGAAGGUUCUAUAAGCUCACCCUCCUCAGUUUAAACCCCAAACCCAGAUCCCACUCAGUUUUUUUUCUUCCAUCUUCUCUCCUGCAGCCCCAGGCCAGUCAAUCUCUUGACAUACUUUGAAUCCCUCAACUCUAUUCAGAUCAAACCAGCAUUUUGUGUUCCGAACACUACCAACCUCGGACUCCCCCUCCCUACAAAGCCUUUUUAAGGACAUUGUAUAUCUCCUGAAUGAACUGUUUUUUAAGUAAUAGUAACAGCAUCAUUUGCAUGUCUCUGAUGUGUUUUGUCAGUUUGAAUCGUUUCUCAUGUUUUCUCUCAUCAAGUCAUUUUGUUUUAAAAGAAAAGUGAGACAAAAAGAAAACACACAAUCUCACUCCAUCUUAAUAAUUUACAGAUUAUUGUAAUCAUAGUUAUUCCUAGAAGCAUUUUUGAUAAUUUAAUGUUUGUACAGGAUACACCAGGUGCCCACAGAAGGACACUUUUUUGGGGGGACUUUUCCCAGCAUGCCUGUUAGCUCAGUCACAUAAAUUAUUUGACCGGGCUGUUAAUUGUCCAUCUGGUCAAUGUUUCAGAGUUAUAUGUUUGAUUUAACUCACAUCUGUGAAAAGUAGUAGUUAAAAAGGGUAGCAGUAAUUCAUGUUAAUGGACCUUGGAAAAUGCAUUUCCUAAAAAAAACAAAUUGAAUAUCAUGCUCAGUGACAGCAGCCACAUAGUGACAGUUUGCUUAAAUUAGAUUAAAAAACUAUUUAUUUUGUCACUAUGAAAAUCACAAGGUCACAAGGAAAGAGAGAAAAUGCACUUUAAAUUCUUUGUAUGGGGAAACUGAAUCCUCUGUAUAUGAGCACAUGUGGCUCCAGCUUUAAUUUGUUGAUGUAGGAAUAGCUUCUUGCACAAAAAAGCCAUGUUUACAUAAACUUUUCUUUUUUGCUUUAAAACCCUAAUGUGCUAAUUUGAUAUAAUUUUUACACACACAAGAAAAAGAAGAAGAAGAAGCAAAACUAAAACAUUUAUGGCAAAUACCACUUUCCAAACAAUAUAUUCUCUGGUUAGCUUGUUUAUUCAUGCAUCCUCCAUGUUGGCCUGUAAGGUAAGAGGCAUUUUUUAGUGCUACAGUUGACCUCUAGUGGUAAUUGGUUUGAACUACAAUAGUAAAAUAAAAAAAAAAAAGCCUGACACGAUGCCUUUUUGGUUUUCACCUGUAAAGUUAAUA